CACAAGAAGGUUCCCGUGUGGAAGCAGUUGUACUACCGGUGGCGGUCGCUCAGAGGAGUGCCUUUCCGGCGGAAGUUCUUUGUCGGGUACGACCUGGACGCCAACACGUACUGGGAGUUCUUCCUCGACAGAGGCCAGGUGCGUGGGCGGCGGGUGGUGCAGCCGCACGAGCCGCAGAAGAUGUUGUUCAGCUACUUCGACAAGGUGCCGAUCCAGUGGGCGCAGUGGUUGAAGUACGCCCGGCGUACGCCGCCGUCGAUCUACGACCUCAUUGCGGACCAGGAGCGGCUCAAGAAGCUCCAGAUUAUGGCGAGCUUCCGGGACAGCGAGCAGCUGUACAACCGGCAGCUGAAGGAGGAGAAGAUCGACCAGACGCUCCAGAAGGAGCUGUCGAAGCUCGAGGCCGCGUCGCAGGAG